CCUGUCCCGGCUUUCUCCCGUCAGAUGAAUGGAGGCAAGCCAGGUGACGGAGUUGUUGCAGGUUUAUAUUAGCAAACACUUGCUUUUCCGUUUUAAUGCAUUUUUUUUUAAACACCAGCUAACUUAUUCGAUUUGGACGCGGAUUAUUGUGAGCCAGAGCCACAGUGCUGUCGUGCACUGAACAGAACGGAAUUGGCCAGGUGAACCUUUUUGGGUAUGAAAAAGGAUGGCGAGCCAAUGAACGGCUAGGAGCAGGACUCAUUCUGCAUUGAAGCUUCCACUGGACUGAAGGAGAGAGAAAGUAUUCCGGUCUGGUUCCCAGUGAAGUGUCAACCUUUGUAUCCCUGCCCACCCUCUGCUGCUGUUUGCUAGAUUCUUUGGACAAUCCGUUUUUACAUUUGCCCCACCCUCGUGAGGCAUUGACUUAAAUGGAGCAAGAAGCAUCUUAAGAACCCAUAGAGGACAAGGGUGCAUACAGAUCUCUGUAAGCAACAAUGAUCGCUGGUUUCUUCUUUCUGCUCAUAAUCACGGGUGGAUAUGUCUCCAAUGUAGAGCUACCAGAUGCUGAUAAGCAAAAAAGCAAUAGGACAAUUACUGGAGAUAACGAAGAUGAAGAGGAGAAAGUCUGUAAUUUUCAGGAUAUUGUCAAUCACCUGAAUCUGAAAAAAGACGAACUUAAAUACACUAUGAGCCGGCCCAUUAUAAACAACAAAAAUUAUACAGAAGUGUUUAUUACAAUAAGACUCUAUGCCAUCUUAGAUAUGAGAGAAAUUGACCAGACCUUAAUUACUUACAUUUGGGUUGAUUUGGCUUGGCUCAAUGAGUACAUUAAAUGGAAACGAGAUGAUUUCUGUGGAAUUGAAUAUAUAACAAUUCCUACUUCAUAUCUGUGGAUACCAGAUAUAACUAUUGAAGAGAUGACAGAAAAAGACAAAGCGUCUCCGAGUCCAUAUCUCAGCAUAUAUCACAAUGGUCGGGUUGAGUUCAGGAAUGACCAGGUGGUGCUAAGCACCUGCAAGAUGCAUGUUUACAAAUUUCCUUUUGACACCCAGAGCUGCAACCUCUCCUUCAAGUCUAUCUUUCACGAUGAUAAAGAAAUAUAUUUGCGGAACAACUCUAUUAACAAUUCAACGGUCACAGAAUUGUCUCGUAAGAUGAUGCACACGCAGUAUGAGUGGCUGUUCAUCGACAUGUCAGUCAACAACGAAGUUGUUGAAGGUUAUGGAUUCAAUCAAACUGUGGUCAUUUACACUAUUACCAUGAAGAGGAGGUCUGUCCUCUACGUUGCCAAUUUCAUCCUGCCAGUGCUCUUCUUCUUGCUUCUGGACUUAUCCUCCUUCCUCAUCUCAGACACUGGGGGUGAGAAACUCGGCUUCAAGGUCACUGUCUUGCUUGCUGUCACAGUGAUGCAGCUUCUUCUCAAUGAGAUUCUGCCGAGCUCUUCAGACAGUAUUCCACUUAUAGCUGUCUACUGCAUUGGAAUUUUUGCUCUGAUGCUGCUCAGCCUCCUGGAGGCAAUUUUGGUCAAGCAUCUGAUUGAAAAGGAAGAUGAGACUGAUGGAGACCGAAGCCUGGGGGAGAACUCUGGGAACAACCAGGGCGGCCACAACUUCUACAGCUGUUUUAGAGAGAUUAGGAGACUCAGUCACCACGCCUCUGUUGAUGAGGUAUCUUCUCAUGAAACACCAUCUGUGUCUCUGUCCCGAAAGGGCAGCAGCAGUAUACUGACAGAGGUGUCCUUUGCUCUGGAAAAAGUCUCAGAUGAGCUGCAGGAGACAAGGAAAACAAUGACUUUGCUCAGCAGCAACAGGAAGUCUGGAUACUGGACCAGAAUGGCUAAAAAAGUCAACAAGAUUUUCCUAAUUUUUUAUUUGACUGCAGUCACUGUGUUCUUAGCAUAUAUGGUUUCAAUGUGGAACAGUGCUGAGGGUAAGUAGGGCUAAAGUUAAAAAACCUAAAAGAACUAAAGCAAAAAAGAAAACACACAAACGUAUUUUUUACUCUGUGUUAUAUAUUUGCAGUUAAUUUCUAUUUGUCCGAAACAAAAACAUUUUAGAAACCAGAAAAAAUUUCUGAAAUUGUACUCUGAUCUCGAGUGUUAGGAGUGUUGUGAUCAGUGUCAGGUCAUAGUCAAAAAAGUAAUGUAUUACACAUAUUACCCAGAACACUUUUCUUAAAAGUAAUGCAAUAAAUUACUCCAAUUAGAAAAUAAUUAAUUAUACUGGCAUUAACAUUAUUUUCACCUUAUUCUGUAAAAUAACCUGAAACAAACGUUCAUAAUAACCAUUUAAAAGUAUAAACUGAGUCUACAGUCCACCACAGCAACACAAAUCCCUAUCGCGACAAGGACGCACAUAUGAUCUUUCUCUUAGUAUUUAGGUAUGAACACAAAGCUGACAGUACAAGCAAAGAUGAAAACCAGCACAAAAAUUGUUAAAAAAAAAACAAAAAACCAUCGCCACAGUGAUUCUAGAAUUCAGAGAAAAAAGUACGCAUUGUUUCACGAUUUAUAAGAUGGAGCAUUAGUUGUAUAUUCAUAGUUUAUUAUUUAAGUGUAGCUCCUGACCUGAUGCUUCCUUGUACAGUUUGCCCUUGUUGAGUUUGAGUGUAUUAGCUAGUUCCAGUUUUAUUUUUCCUACUUUAUUUAUUCUUGUGGUAUUGUGUUUAGUUCCCUUCCUGUUUCCACUCUCUGUAUUUGCAGUGUAUUUAUAACCUUACCCUUUCUUUGAUUUCUAUUAGAGUAUUUUGUAUCAGUAUACUACCCAAAGAGCUUUAUUUGUCUAAUUAACAUAGAAAAAAUCACAUCAUUUAGUGGUCAUUAAAGUGUGUUCAGAUUUAUUUAUUUAUCACAUUUAAUAUAUUUAACUUAUUGAUGAUGAUUUAUCUCAUAAAUUGUGAAACAAUGCUGACUUUUUUUCUUGGAAUUCUGGAUGAAAAAGACGUCCCCACUUUUUGUUUUUUCCAAUGUCUCCAGUUCUCUUUUGUACAUAAGCUGGUUUUAAAAGUUAAACAAUUCUAAAAAGUUCUAAAUCACUAGUUUCAGCCUAUCUGAAUAAAAGACUGAGUAUAACAUGUUCUAAUAUGCUAGUGCUUUCUCAAUAGAGAACACAGGACAUAAUGUUCAAAGUGAA